GUUCCUGGCUCGGCAGUCGCUUUGGGUAGCAUUCCCCAGUGAGCGGUUCCUUCAGUGAGAUGCGCAAGGGAACCCAGGCUGGUCCUGAACCGGGCAGAGCUUCUCUUCUCCACCACCGCCCAGCUGUGGUGACAUCAUUUCCUCGAGGAGGCGGAGCCUGGGAGGCGUGAAGAGAAAACGCUGAGAGAAGAAGGGGGCAAUUUGGCUCCUUCUGUUCUACGAGCAGGCGGCAUCAUGGCUAGCUAUGUUGAGCCAGAGGAGGAGACCGUCCAGGCCCUCCGGGACAUGGCUAAUCGCCUGAGGAUCCACUCCAUCCAGGCUACAUGUGCCUCCAAUUCAGGUCACCCCACAUCUUGCUGCAGUGCAGCCGAAAUCAUGUCUGUGUUGUUCUUCUACACAAUGAAAUAUAAACCAACAGAACCAGGAAAUCCAAGCAAUGACCGAUUUAUUCUGUCAAAGGGUCAUGCUGCUCCUAUCCUGUAUGCUGCCUGGGCUGAGGCUGGUGAUGUUAACCAGGCUGACCUUUUGAACUUGCGGAAGAUUGACUGUGACCUAGAGGGUCAUCCCACUCCUAGACUUUCAUUCGUUGAUGUGGCAACUGGUUCUCUUGGGCAGGGACUUGGUGCUGCCUGUGGAAUGGCUUAUACCGGCAAAUAUUUUGAUAAAGCCAGUUACCGGGUGUACUGCCUCAUGGGAGAUGGGGAAUCUUCGGAAGGCUCUGUCUGGGAAGCUUUGGCUUUUGCCUCUUAUUAUAAGCUGGACAACCUUGUGGCCAUCUUUGAUGUGAACCGUUUGGGACAAAGUGAAGCUGCUCCUUUAAAGCAUUGCACAGAUGUCUAUCGGAAGCGCUGUGAAGCUUUUGGGUGGAACACCUAUGUUGUGGAUGGCCAUGAUGUGGAACAGCUAUGUGAAGUCUUUUGGCAGGCAACUCAAGUGAAGGACCAACCUACUGCUAUAGUUGCCAAGACCUUCAAAGGCCGUGGUAUUCCAAGUGUUGAGGAUGCAGAAGACUGGCAUGGCAAGCCUAUGCCAAAGGACAAAGUAGAUUCCAUUAUCAAGGCCAUCGAAAGCCAGAUUCAGAGUAACAAGAACCUGACUCCUCAGCCACCUGUGGAAGAUGUCCCUGAGGUCAAUAUCAUGAAUGUGAAGAUGCCUUCUCUACCUGCCUACCAAAUUGGGGACAAGGUGGCCACCAGAAAAGCCUAUGGUGCUGCCCUGGCUAAGCUAGGCCAUGCAAAUGAUCGAGUGAUAGCCUUAGAUGGUGACACAAAAAAUUCCACCUUUUCAGAGCUGUUUAAGAAGGAGCAUCCAGAACGCUUCAUUGAAUGCUUUAUCGCUGAGCAGAACAUGGUAAGCGUGGCAUUGGGCUGUGCUACCCGAAACCGGACCAUUGCUUUCGCUAGCACCUUUGCGGCCUUCCUUACCAGAGCUUUCGAUCAUAUCAGGAUGGGGGCCAUCUCUCAAGCUAACAUCAACCUUAGUGGUUCUCACUGUGGGGUCUCCAUUGGUGAAGAUGGGCCUUCCCAGAUGGCUCUGGAGGAUCUAGCCAUGUUCAGAACUGUUCCCAACUGCACAGUUUUCUAUCCAAGUGAUGCUGUUUCUACAGAAUAUGCUGUUCAUUUGGCUGCCAAUACCAAGGUAUAUUUAUAG